AACAUUAAUUUUGUCUUUCAAAAGACUGCCUUGAAUUGGUUAGUGUUCAUGUUAACUGAAUAAAUUUCAGAUGUUUCUGGAUGAACAUCUUUCCAUGAAAGCAAGUUUUGCGCCGCCAGGAGCCUCGGACGACUGACGAUUAAAAUUUUAAAAAAAAGCCAAGUUACAUACAUGUAGGCGCAGGCCUACCCGGAAACAACUGUCGAAUUCAUGACUAGUCCAGGCUGACAGCUUUUGGUGUCACUCACAGCGGACGAAGAGUGAAAUACAAUUGACAAACCUGAUUAACAAUUGAAAUAACAAAUUUCGUCAGCUUGGCAGUGAGUGGCUUGCUUGAGUAUGACGAUGAUUUGGACAAUAUCCAAUGUCAAAUUUCGCAACUCUUUGGCCUGUCACUGUGGUAUGGGGUUCUUUGCCGUAGACUUGGUACUACAACACUGCUAAGUACUACUAGAUCAUUGGAUGCCAGACGCAAAGUAAUGCCUUUGUCGUCGUCAUUUGACCGUCAAGAACACAGGAUUACUGGCACAGGUGGUUCUCUAAAUCUCAUACGAUUGUAUAAGACAGGCCAUCACUGUGAGUGCUGAACUAUGACCCUGUCAAUGGUGCCCUCAAACAGCGGUAGAUGCCAUCAAAAUAGCUACACAGUGUACAUGUACUUGCCCAGCGAGGAAACGAUCUGACAGCAACGAAACGAUCACCAAAGAUAUCAGUCGGUACUUCCACAAGGCAGAAAUUUUUUCUCUUACCCCAGAAAGUAAGACGGGUUUACGUUGUUACACGUGCACAAGGAAAGAAAAAUGUUACACUGUGAAGCGUUGUCCGUGUGCGGCUAAAGUGUGCAUCUUUGAUGAACUUCCCGAUCAGCCUUAAGUAGAAUAUUCCUGAGGUAGGUAAAUAUUUGUGCAGGCUGCAGCAUCGGGCACAGUGACAGCAGAUUGGAAGUGAACUGGCUGUCAACCAAGAUGGCAGAUCUGGCGACAAUCUUCAACGCGUGGUGGACGCUACUGCUGUUGCACGUUUGUAGUCUGUCUGUGAUCACCCACAGCGAAUUGUUGCGGCUGCCGCUGCACACUGCCGUGCAUCGGGUCAACUACCCGGUCGAGGCAGCCGAGAGGUCACACAGUGUCUUCAGACGAUCGACGCCCAGAGAUAAUCUAGGCGGGAAACCGGGCUUGGGAUUCUAUGUGGAGAUCGAACUUGGCACCCCCAAGCAAAAGCUGAAUGUCUUAGUGGACACCGGCAGCAGUAACUUUGCAGUAGCUGCUUCACCCAAUAGAUUGAUCACCAGAUAUUUCCAUAAAGACAAAUCGUCAACUUACCGAGACCUCAAGAGGAAGGUUCAUGUUCCCUACACCCAGGGGGAGUGGAACGGGGAACUGGGCCAAGACGUGGCCGCGAUACCCACCUCUCACCCGAACAUGUCCAUCACGGUGAACGUGGUCAGCAUCACAUACUCGGAGGAGUUCUUCCUGAACGAAUCCAACUGGCAAGGGAUUCUGGGACUGGGCUAUGCGGAUAUUGCACGGCCCGACAAUACAGUGGAGCCUUUCUUUGACUCCCUGGUGGAUCAGUCAGACGUGCCGGACGUUUUCACUCUUCAGCUCUGUGGUGUGCUAGAAAACAGGGCGGAGACUGGAAAAACCGAAGUGACCGGCACCAUGACAAUUGGAGGAGUGGACAGAGGGCUUUAUACAGGCACCGUGUGGUACACGCCCAUCCGCAAAGAUUGGUACUACGAGGUCAUUAUACUGGACAUUGAGGUGGAGAACCGGUCACUAGGCUUGGACUGUAAAGAGUACAAUUUUGACAAAACCAUUGUGGACAGUGGUACAACCAACCUCAGAUUACCCAACCGAGUUUUCAAGGAGGUGACGAAACUCAUCAACGCCACAGUUGUUGAGAACUUGGGACUGUCGGUGCCGGACAUGUUUUGGGAAGGCACCGAUCUGAUAUGCCAGAAGGGUCCUAUUGAUCCAUGGGUCUGGUUCCCUAGUCUGUCCAUCCUUCUCAACAGCACGGAACCAGGCACUGGAUUCAAGUUGAGGGUAUCAGCUAAGCAAUAUCUACGGCAUGUAGACACCGACAAUAAGGAUGACACCUGCUACAAGUUUGGGAUCUCCUCAUCAGAUUCAGGAAGUGUAAUUGGAGCUGUGGUCAUGGAAGGCUUCUAUGUGGUGUUCGAUCGGGAGAAUCAAACCGUAGGAUUUGCCAAGUCAUCGUGCGCAGAUGAGUUUGAGUUUGUAACUCGAGUCCCAAAGGUUGAAGGACCGAUCAGAACAGCGGCCAAGGACUGUGGCUACGUGGUGCCGGCCAACAGCAACCUGGUACUGACAAUAGCGGCCUACGUCUUGGCGGGGCUGUGCAUCCUCUGCCUGACGCCCAUGCUGGUCCUCUACCUCCACUACAGGUGCCGGCAGUGCUGGCCCAAGGCCAACAAGAACGACGACAGCAAGCUGCUGGAGGACCGGACCGACUCGUCCGAGACGGAAGCGUUGAGGGAGGAACCGCAGCAGAGCCAGGAGGGGUGAAGGGUCAGGGGGUGAGGGUUAGGAUCAUUCAAAACUGGGAAUCCUCUGUGAGAUACGUCAAAAGUAGAUUUCUUCUGUUACGGCUGGACUAUAAAAAACAUGUAGUUAGAUAGCCGGACUGCCUGGAAUAUGUCUUUGCACAACUCUCUUUAAUAACUGAGAAACAUUCUUGAGAAACCAGUUGCGUUGAAAAUCUCUCAGUGAGCAUCAAACCCUGGAUUUUUACACAAAUAUGCAGAAAGUCAAUAUUGCUGAAGCUGAGACUUUGAAGCAAGUGGGGCAGGCAUUGCACGUUCAGAUCUUUCUGAGCUCUCUUGAUUGUCUGCAGCCAUUUUCCACAACUGAAUAUCUAAGUUAUCAAAUAGCUGCAUGGGAGCAUAAGGUUUGCCAUGCAAAUGACAUGGUUUUGCGUCAUUGAUCUUUUGCGGUCUUGUGAAGUUGUUACACAUGAUCCCGUCGUCUCCUGGUGCUACAUAUUUAUUUGGCACAUGUACAUCCGGUGGGAAACUCAAGACAAGCAGUGUUGUAGCCCAUGCCUCUUAAGACCAUUACAAGACCACACAAGUCCAAAUUCAAGUCACAAGCCAUUUCUAUGAACUGCAACCCAAAGGCGUUUCUCUUUCAUUGUUCACUGUGUUUACUUGUGACUGGUCUUGGGGUGGACUGAACUUUUACACACUGCUAAUAAGAAUUUUUUUACAACCUUCAUUGUCAGAUCAUGUCAUUGAUUGUGAUUAGUCUGGCAAGAUUCCCAAGCAUUAGACCUAGGUGCUGAAUUCGUUGUGAGUAGAGUUGGCUGCCAAAGGGGUUCUUUUAGGGGGGGGCAGUUGUGUCUUAUUUUUCAGUGAUUUUUGCUUAUUUCUUUUUUUUUCAGUGUCUCUUGCUUUACUUGUUGGCAUUGGCUUCCCCCAUAUGAGAAUUUUGAUGCAAGAUAAGAAGCCUUCAGUUCUUUGUCGUAAUUCAACAUUUCAUGGAAGUUGCUAAGCUUGAUAAUAUCAGCAUCAUUUGCAGAAACGUCUACCUCCUCCAUGCAGUCAAUGCUGUUGGCUUAUUCAGACACCCAAGAGUCUUUCUCACAUUUUCAGAUCCCCUCCUCCAAUAUUGCUUACCGUAAAUGUGAACAUUUAAAAGCUCCUUCACCCUGUAUAUCACCAAACAGAUGUUCUUGUUAUGUGGUUUGUGUUUUUGGUAAGGGGGACUUUUGUUUUGUUUUCAGUGAAACUUUAUGAGGAAUAAUUGAAACCUCCGCAGAGGCUUUGCUUCAUCAGUUACCAUGGCAGCUUGCACUAUCUUGACUUUUAGAUAAGUGCACGCGUGAAGAAAAUUAUUUGAAGUUCUUCAAUUCUCAAGACCGUUUACUUCAAUUAAUCUCUUACUGUGCUAUAUCACUGUAUUUAUUUAUGUUCCUUGUACAUUAAAAAAAGUAGAAUCUCCACCAACUACUUUCAUUCUGAAUAAUGAAACUUAAUAAUUCUACCGCAGAUUAUCUGUGUCCUGAAGACGGACAUGCUUUGUGAGCUGUCUACUUUUGAUAAUUAUUUCAAAUAUGAGAUGAUAUCUCUAAUGAAGAAAAAUAUAUUAAAUGUAAUCAGGAAGCAUUUGCGUUUGUUGACAGACUUUAAUACUCAUGGCAAAUAUGUAUUGUCUUAUGAUUUUUUCCCUUCAGCAAUAAUAUUUAGAUAGACUAAAAGCUGCAUUUUAAAAGUAAAAUUCCUUUCAAACUGAAAUGCCCUAGAUUGCUUUGAAUUACCACAGUUGAUGCAUCAGUGCCUCAGAGUGUAUGAAAACGAGUGGGCAUGUCAGGAAACUUUGACACAGUUUUGCUUAACUGACCUCCACCUCGUAGUCGUAGUAAAAACUAGCUGGCCCAAAUUCUCGGAGUUUAUAAGUGGGGCCUUGGAGGUAGAAACAGAGAUUUGGGGGGUUGGGAGGAGGGGAGUUAGUCACCUGGUGGCCUUGGCUGUCUCACAGAUGGCAGGGUAAAUAUUGUCCCGUAGGUAUGCGUAGAAACGGCUUAGGUACCGCACUAUGAUAAUGAAGCGGUUCAUUAUAUUCUGACUGGGCGUCUUUCAAGCAGCAUCUGGCUGGCCAUUGAAGCAAGAUAUAGGACGGAGAGAACCCCCCCAGCCUUUGCGUUGGUUUGAUCGGAAUCUCAGGAAUUCUUUACAGACUUCUAGGGGGGAU